AUGUUACUGGGCGGCCUGCGUGAUAUGCGCGCUGUCAGAACCGUCGCUUUAGCCGUCUUGCUGACUUUUGUUGAGCUUCGUGGGCAAACUUUGCUGGAUGCGGUGUCAGCAGACGAGAGCCUUUCGAUUUUUCUGUCAGCUUUGCGGAAAGCUGGCCUGGCUUCGUUUCUAAACGUUUCGGGUUUCUUGACGGUCUUUGCGCCCACAGACGAUGCGUUCGAUUCGCCGGAAGAAUUUUUGGAGCGACCAGACCUGCGAGAUCUCCUAAAGUUGCACUUGGCAGUUGGCCGUCAAGAGGAGGGCCAUCCAGUGCAGAGCAUGGAGGGUGCACGGCUGGAGGUCGUGACCCAUGAGCACCACAGCUUCGUCAACGGCAUCCAGGUGAUCCGAGCGGAGCAGGUCUUGCGCAACGGUGUCGUGCACCAUCUUGGCUCCUUUCUCCAGGUUCCAGAAAGGCUGAGACUCUCGGGUGCGGAGAAGGGCUGGCCCGGCUGGAUCGCAGAGCGAGGUGGCAAGGCCACGGGACGCUUGUCCUUUUCUGGGGAAGCCAUGGUCUUCAGUGGUCAUGACCUCGAAGAGGGCGGUGCCUCCAGCGUGCGGGCAUCCUUCAGGCCGCUGCUGAAUCUCACGGCAUGUGCUGGGCUACUGCUGGACCUUCAGUCAGAGCCAAUGGCAAACUCUACUCGGGCAGCUCCGCUUGGAUUGCAGCUGAUAUUGAAAGAUGCAAACUCGUCGUCGGCAUACGAGUCGGCCUUCGCGGUGCCUUUUUCACAGGGCGGUCCGCCUCACUCCUGCAGUGUCUUCAUUCCGUUGCGGGACUUCAGCAUCAGCCGAGCAGAUGCCAAGGCUUGUGAAGGAUGCGUGCUAGAUCGAAGCCGUAUUGCGACAUUGGAGAUCAAUGUGAUCCUGCAGAGUGGCCCAUUCCACGUGCGCUUGGCGGGCCUCCGGGCUGUGCGCCGGGCCUUGGAUGCACCCCUGCCAACAGCACCAUCGGUGCAGAUGACGACGGCCGGAUUGUUGAAACUGAUAGAUGGUACGAUACAGACGGCAGCUCCGAUCUGCAAGGAGGGCUACGACAAAGUUUGCCUCGCCAUGUACUCAGCCACCGCCCGGCAGGUCAUGGUGGCCCGGGGCCCUGCGCAGACCUUGCAGCAGCUACGAGGCCUUACAUGUGCAGGUUUACGACGAGGCUCGGCCUGGUCCCUCCGCCGCGCCUUGGAUGCGGCGCACGCUGACCUGGCGGGCGAGGAGCGCAUCCUGGACGUCAGGUACCCUCCGGAAGCACAGGGCUCCUGGCUGUUGCCGCGCGGGCAGCGGCCUCCGAGUGGCCUUUGCCAAGGCUUGGUUGACCGAACAUCAGUGGACAUCAACCUGGAGCUCGGUGCAUCUGAUCGGUCGAGCCUCAGCAGCUUCAGCGGCCCUUUCGUGGCGAUGUCCAUUGAAGGGCGCAAUGUUCAGCACCGGCAGGUGCAUUCACCCGCAGAAUGUGCACAGCUCUGCCUCGAGACAGAUGGAUGCGCAAGCUUCGACUAUGGAGCAGAUGGCUUUGUAGUUGGCGAGUGUUGGCUGAAAUGGGCGAAUCGUACUUCCGCCGGCUCUGCAUUUCGUACCCAUCGGCUCUUUGAUUACUAUGAGCGCCAGCAGGCGAGUGCAGCUACAAGUCUACCAGCCGGACCUGCGAAGAACGUCGUGGGGCCAACUAGCUCCCCGGAGCUCUCGAUCCCGACGUCUGGCCAGGACCCGCCCAAGGAGCAAGCAGGCUCCGGAGGAGCGAGGACCUUCGUCUUUGGUGCUGCUCUCGGUGGUGUCCUCCUGUUAGGCAUCCUGCUUGGAGCUCUGUUCAUAUUCGUACUUCAUAUACGGAAAGGAGGCCGAGCUCGAGGUCGGGAGCGGACAGGCCGGGAGCGGACACCAAGGGCGCCCCCGGGCAACCCCGGAGUUUCCGGAGCUCCAGAUCCGAUUUCCCCAGUCGAUCCGGCUCAGCUGCCUCCCACCGUCAGCCUCGGAAGCGCCGCCGUGCCCCCAAGCAUUGACAUCGGAAGCACGAGCGUUGUGGUCGUCGGACAUCCGGUGCGCGAUCCAACGACAUGA